GAGAGCGAGAGAGGUCAGCAAACCAUAACUCACUCCGCCGACCGACCGACCCACCGUGACAGCGAGCGAGAGCUCCCCCGAGUCACCGCAGCUUGUGGCCGCACUCGAGCACAGGAGAGCCGCGACAGUCGUCGCUCCACGGAGGGUGUUGAAGAUGGCAGUGUGGAUCCAGGCCCAGCAGCUCCAGGGAGAUGCUCUCCACCAGAUGCAAUCUCUGUACGGUCAGCACUUCCCCAUCGAAGUGCGACAUUACCUGUCGCAGUGGAUCGAGGGCCAACUCUGGGAUAACAUCGACUUGGAGAACCCGCAGGAGGAGUUCAAGGCCAAGCGCUUGCUGGACGGCCUGAUCCAAGAGCUGCAGAACAAGGCGGAGCACCAGGUCGGCGAGGACUGCUUCCUGCUCAAAAUCAAACUGGGACACUACGCCAGCCAACUCAAGAGCACGUAUGACCGAUGUCCUCUGGAGCUGGUGCGCUGCAUCAAGCACAUCCUCUACACGGAGCAGCGGCUAGUGCGGGAGGCCACCAACUCCAGCUCUCCGGUGGGUGGAAUGUUGGACAGCAUGUCUCAGAAGUACCAGCAGAUCAACCAAGCCUUCGAGGAACUUCGCCUGCUAACCCAGGACACGGAGAAUGACCUGCGCAAGCUCCAGCACAACCAGGAGUACUUCAUCAUCCAGUACCAGGAGAGCCUGCGCAUCCAGGCUCAGCUUUCCAGCCUGGCCACACUGCCCCCUGCUGACCGACAGUUACGAGAACCCACUCUGUUGAACAAAAGAGCAACGGUGGAGGCAUGGCUGACAAGGGAGGCCAACACACUACAGAAGUACAGACUGGACCUGGCAGAGAAGCACCAGAAAACACUGCAGCUGCUGAGGAAGCAGCAGACCGUCAUCCUGGACGACGAGCUGAUCCAGUGGAAGAGACGGCAACAGCUGGCAGGCAACGGGGGCCCGCCGGAGGGGGGCAUGGACAUCCUGCAGUCCUGGUGCGAGAAGCUGGCGGAAACCAUCUGGCAGAACCGACAGCAGAUCCGGAGAGCGGAGCACCUCAGACAACAGCUGCCCAUCCCGGGUCCCAUUGAAGACCUCCUCAGUGAACUCAACAGCACUAUCACAGACAUCAUCUCAGCCUUGGUCACAAGCACCUUCAUCAUCGAGAAACAGCCUCCACAGGUGCUCAAAACCCAGACCAAGUUCGCCGCCACCGUGCGCCUCCUGGUCGGCGGCAAGCUGAACGUGCACAUGAACCCGCCGCAGGUCAAGGCCACCAUCAUCAGCGAGCAGCAGGCCAAGGCGCUGUUGAAGAACGAGAACACCAGGAAUGACAGUAGUGGAGAUAUUCUCAACAACAACUGCGUGAUGGAGUAUCACCAAACGACGGGCACGCUCAGCGCUCACUUCAGGAACAUGUCCUUGAAGAGGAUCAAGCGGUCGGACAGGAGAGGAGCCGAGUCGGUGACGGAGGAGAAAUUCACCAUUCUCUUCGAGUCCCAGUUCAGCGUCGGAGGCAAUGAGCUCGUCUUCCAAGUGAAGACGUUGUCGCUGCCUGUAGUGGUGAUAGUCCACGGGAGCCAAGACAAUAACGCCACGGCGACAGUGCUGUGGGACAACGCAUUCGCCGAGCCCGGCCGCGUGCCUUUCCUGGUGCCAGACAAGGUGCUAUGGCCUCAGCUGUGCGAGGCCAUCAACAUGAAGUACAAGGCGGAGGUGCAGAGCAACCACGGCCUCUCCGAGGAGAACCUGGUCUUCCUCGCCCAGAAGGCUUUCGGGAACUCCAGCAACACCAUCGAGGACGACCGCAAUGUGACGAUGACCUGGUCACAGUUUAACAGAGAAAGCUUGCCCGGCAGGAACUUCACAUUUUGGCAAUGGUUCGACGGCGUGAUGGAGCUGACGAAGAAGCAUCUCAAGCCGCACUGGAACGACGGAGCCAUCCUGGGCUUUGUGAACAAGCAGCAGGCUCAAGACAUGCUGAUGUCCAAGCCAAACGGCACCUUUCUUCUGCGCUUCAGCGACUCCGAGAUCGGCGGGGUCACGAUUGCCUGGGUGGCCGAAAACCCCAACAAAGCAGGGGAGCGAAUGGUGUGGAACCUCAUGCCCUACACAACCAAAGACUUCACGAUUCGCUCUUUGGCCGACCGCAUCAGCGAUCUCAACCACCUCCUCUUCCUCUACCCCGACAAGCCCAAGGACGACGUCUUCUCCAAGUAUUACACCCCUCCGCUCUCCAAGGCGGUGGAUGGAUACGUGAAGCCGCAAAUCAAACAAGUGGUGCCUGAGUUUACAACAGCCAAUCCGGAUCCAGCAAGUGGGAACCCGACCUACAUGGAUCACGGUGCCUCUCCGGCACCUGUCAGUCACCCUCACACCUACGGCUUGUACCCACCAAUGAGCGAAUCCAUGCUGGACCCGGACGGAGAAUUCGACCUGGACGACACCAUGGACGUGGCGCGGCACGUGGAGGAGCUGCUGCGACGGCCCGUGGAGAGCCACUGGGGCAGCCAGCAGUCGUGACCGCACCCGCGCCAGCAAGCAACCAACCCUGCCUCUCUCCCCUUGACACAUCUCAUGGUUUUAAUUCCAAUCAUCUCGUCUGUUUUGCCCUCUCCCUCCAGCUACAAUGUGAAAUGUUAAUAACGGUUGUGGUUUUAUUUUAUUUUUCCGCGUGAGAGCAUGUGACUCUUCUCUUUUAGGUUUUAUUAUUUGUGUAAGUAUAUGUGCAAGGUUUCAAUGCAAAACCUACGGUGUUACAGUGUUUAAAAAAAAAAACAAAAAAAAGGAAAAGAAAAAUAGUGUUCAGUUGGCAGUGUGCAUGCAUUCUGUUGAUUUUAACACACACGCUACUGUACAGAGACCUUUCUGUUUUAUAUCUCUGCUUUGAAUGAAUGUUGCCAUUUGGGGGGGAAAAAAAAACAAAAAAACUGGAACUUUACUCACAAGCUUUUUCUUGUUCCAGCAAAAACUCGCACGCACAAAAACUGGCUCCACAGUCCACGCACACAUCCACGCUCGCUCGCCCUUUCGGAUACGUUUACUGUACCAGUUAAAACCUCGCCGGGUGCCUUUUGACACCUUCGUCUCUUGUACGAGGCUGGUUGUUCUCCAGAACGGGAGACGCUUUUCAACAACGCUGCCUGCUCGUCCUCUCAGGUCCGCCCCACACAUGCCUCGCGCCCUCAACCCCUCCUCAUCAGUGCUGCCUUGCCUUAGUCCACAUCUCGCAGGCCGCCAUUUUUUCACUUUCUGUAUAAACGGUAACGACACACAAAUGUGGCACAAAGUCCACCUAGCCAUGGAUUUACAAGACAGUGCCAUUCCGAUGUGUUUGCUCCCAUGUGAUGGCAUACAAGUACGGGAUCUGGAAUGGACCAGUUUGCUGCCUAAACGGGCUGUCGUAGAAGUCGAAAUCAGCUAGGAAGUGGCGUCAAAUUGACAAGGCUUAACCGUAAACAUUUGUUUGAUCAUCGCAUCUUCCUAAACGGGCUGUCGUCAAAAUCUGAUGUGGGCCAAAAGGGUAUGAAAUCUGGAAUCCACCGGUUUGCUGCCUAAAUGGUCUGUCAUUGAAAUCAGAAUCAGCUAAGACCACUAUUUUUGUUUCCAAAACAAAAAUGGAAAUAACCCACCAGGGUCUCCCUUCAUUUCAGCCUGACUACUUUGCCGCCUGAGCGGGCAAAAAUGUCGUCGGGAUUAAGAAUGACAGCAAUUCGACGAGGUUGCGAUUGACUGCAAAUUGCCCGCUUCUAGGAAUGCAAAGCGGCAUCGUCGUCGGCAUAUUUGCGGCGGCAACCCCAGCGACGGUAGAAAUGGAACGUGAAAGCAACCAGUCGUUGGCGCAAUUCAUUUCAUUCAUUUUCAAAUACGAUACUCCCUAAACGAGCUGCAGUACAACUCCAAGGUGGCACUAACCAACUAAGAGUGUGAUUCAUUUUGGCCCAAUUAUUUUGUUGCCAUAGAAAUCAGAAUUUGUAUAAUCAACCGGAAUGACACGGGUCAGAUUUAUUUUCGCUAGUUUGCUGCCUGAGGGGCUACGAUGUGAUUAACAUGUUAGAUCGCCGCAUCAUUGGUUUGAAUGGCCCUCUCAAGACGUAAAAAGUGAUAAGAAAAAGAUUGACUUGUUUAAGACAAGUCAAUGUUGUGUAACAUUUAAUAUUUGUUUUUUUGUUUUUUUUGUUUGUUUUUUACACGUCAAUUACUCCCUUGAAAAUUCACAUUAAAAUUAUUCAGGCACUAUAAAUCGGAAUCGGGCACUUGGAACUGCAGUGUAAGUUCAACGUGAUUUCCAGUUGUGGCGAUAUCCUGCCUUGGUUGGGUUCCGCGUGAAAGGAAAAGGUGACGAAAUUUACCCAAGCAGCCAUUUUGCUGGAUCUCUGUGUGAAAAGAUGCCGUGACACCCAGUGGUUGUCAAACCUUUCACACAAAGUGCCACCAAGCCAGUCUAACAAUAUGCACAGUUUCAACAGUAAUAAUUGUAAUUGUACUUAAAUAAUGAUUCAAUGAAAAUGUAUUGCACAUAAAAAAGUUAAAUCAAGAAAAUUUGACUUCAACAAAUGUUUGAAAACAAAGCGUUCCGAAAGGUUACAUGCAAAACAAAUACUGUAAUGUAAAUUUGUAAGGCAAAAUAGCACUCCAGAAUAUUGUACUUUAUAAAAAAAAAUAAACAUUCCAUAAUGACAUGAUUAGAAACAAUUAAGCAGUUUGUUUUCAUACUGCAUCAAUUGAUUGAAAGACCUUUGCGCUGCGCUUUCGUUGCUCGCCUUGGCCACUUGGGGGCAGUAUAAGUCAGACUGAUAUGCGGCUCAUCAGUACGGCACCAAGAUAAGUCGUUCUUCACAGAGGAUAAAGAAUACUAAGACUAAGUACAUGCAUUGCUGCACCAUUUGUGUCGCACCGCAACAUAGAUGCUAAUUAGCAUUAGCAUGUGGUUGUUUGAAAUACGCCAGGUGUAAUUUUCAGUUUUAUGUUUAAUUUCUCAGUAUACUAGAAAAGGGAGUGGCAUCAGGAACAGCUUGAGGCUUUUUUUUUUUUUUUUUUUUUUUUUUUUUUUUAAAUUUGCCACAGUGCAUGCGUUGAGUUCACUGCCACCAUACAACGCUCUAUCACAAAAUUUUGCUCGCAAGUCAAAGCAAAGAAAUCUUCCGUCUUUACCGUACUUUGAGAAUCACCGGUGUGUCACGGGCGGUUCGGUACGGUCAUUUUGUUUACCGUGAAAUACAGACACUUGCAUCCAGACUAAACUCGAAGUGGAAUUAUUGUCAUGGCCUGUGUUGUUUAAUAAACAUGUAUACACUUUACUGUAUGUAGUGCGUCGGUGAUGAAAGACGCACAAAUAGCCUCAGCCUCAGGAAUGCAUUGCUCUGCUCCCGACAGAAGAUGUAUGUGAAUAUAGGAAUAUAGAUUUCAUUUGUCAUCUGCCGCCCUCCUCGCAUCGCCGAGUGAACAAAAUGACUUCAAUUCAAUUCUGGCGCGUUUAUUCGUUUCACAUCCUCGCCUCUGUGUGUAAUUCUUCACUUUUCUCACUCAGAGCUGUUUUGUAACCUUUGGGUCGUCGCCGUCUUCUGUCUCUGUGCCGUGUUCCAUGUUUGUGCUUUGGAGGAUUUUCCGGAGAGGGAAACACAGAGGAGAGGAACAUGAAAUUAAAAGAAUUUAAAAAAAAAAAAAAAAAAAA